UUGCCGGUUUUUAGACAGUAGAUUGGUCAUGAAGCUGGCGGCUGUUGUGAUAUUUAGCAUUCUUUCCUUAUCAUUGAAAGUUUGCUCCGACGAUUCAAAAUCUGCUGACAACGCUCAAUUUUGCCAUUGUGGAUGGACAAACAAGUACCGUACAAGGAUUUUGGGAGGUGUUGAGACCCGACCGGACGAGUGGCCAAUGAUGGCCGGGAUCCUUUUGAUGCCGGAAAUGCAGCAUUUGUGCGGAGGCACGAUUAUAUCCCGGCACCACGUCCUCACCGCGGCCCACUGCCUUUCAGACAAAAUGAGAAAGGAAAUUCGACACGAGAGGAUCGGCGUGGUUGUCGGAGUCCACAAUUACACCCAAAUUAAGCCUGAUCGUGUGUUAAGGAUAAGAUUAUUAGUUUUACACCCGGAAUACACUUUCGGCAAAGCCAGCCCAGAUUUGGCUAUUCUUCUCAUAGACACACCCCUCGGCGAUGGGAAAACCGUUGGCCCAGUUUGCUUUUCGAAAAGAAGAGUGAACCCGAUCCAUAAGAAAUUUAAACACUUGGGAUGGGGUGUGGUCAGUAACAAGUCAAACCGGACCUCGGACGUUCUGAAGAUGACGACUCUGAAAUCAGUGGACCUCAGAAGCUGCCAGUACGGGGAUUUGAUCGCCCGGAAAAAUCCUUUCCAAAUCUGUACUAAACAGAGAGGGACAUCAAUGUGCUUUGGCGAUUCAGGAGGACCGUUGAUGUGGUUGGACCCGUCAACAGGUAGAUAUUCGUUAAUUGGAGUGGCGUCUUUUGCAAGAGACAACUGCUUGGAGGCUUCCGUCUCGAUAGAAGUUUAUCACUUCAUAUCAUGGAUUAAAUAUGUUACUUCAGCGAUCUACAUAGAUAAUCACCUGUGCAUCAAUUCUAAAAUAUGAAGAUGCUGUUUCACUUGGAAAGACAAAGUUUUUUGAGUUGAGGUUUUCUUUUUGAAAUUAAAUGUUU